AUUCCGUUCAAAAUGAAAACUUCCGGUAGAGAAAAACAAGCAUGACUGCCACAAAUAAACGCAUUGUUUACGUCGGAGGAAUUGCUGAAGAAGUCGAUGAUAAAAUAUUACAUGCUGCUUUUAUACCAUUUGGUGACAUUAUAGAUAUAAAUAUACCGCUUGACUAUGAAACAGAAAAACACAGGGGAUUUGCUUUUGUGGAAUUUGAAGUGGCGGAGGAUGCAGCGGCUGCUAUUGAUAAUAUGAAUGAAUCUGAAUUAUUUGGUAAAACUAUACGGGUUAAUUUGGCCAAACCAAUGAGAAUAAAGGAAGGGGCCUCAAGAGCAGUUUGGUCUGAAGAUACAUGGUUACAGAAACAUGCUGGGGAAACGUUAGAUAAAGAGAAUGAUGGAGAAGGGGGAGAUGGGGAUGGGGAACAAGGUACCAAACGUCCUGCUCCGGAUACAGAACAGGUUGUGGUACCAGCCAAGAGAUCUCGUGGAAAUCCACAAGUUUAUAUGGAUAUAAAGAUUGGUAAAAAGAAUUUUGGUCGUAUUAUUAUUGAAUUACGGGCGGAUGUUGUCCCAAGAACAGCAGAGAAUUUCCGAUGUUUGUGUACUCACGAGAAGAGUUUUGGUUACAAAGGUUCAAGUUUUCACAGAAUUAUUCCAUCUUUUAUGUGUCAGGGAGGUGAUUUUACUAAAGGUAAUGGAACAGGAGGAAAGUCUAUAUAUGGUCAUAAAUUUGAAGACGAGAAUUUUACACUGAAACAUACAGAACCAGGAAUAUUAUCAAUGGCUAACUCAGGACCAAAUACCAACGGUUCACAAUUCUUUCUUACAACAGAAAAAACUGACUGGUUAGAUGGUAAACAUGUUGUGUUUGGUAAAGUUAUAGAAGGAAUGGAUGUUGUCAGAAAAAUGGAGUCAUAUGGUACAAAAGGAGGAACUCCUACAGAAAAAAUAUCCAUUGUUAAUUGUGGGGAAUUAGUCUAAAUUAAAUACAGUCAUGUUUAAUAACUUGUUAUGUCAACUAGACAUUGUUAAGAAUUGCUUAAUUCUUGGACUUUGUAAGAAUGACAGUGUGUCCCACGGUUAUUGUUAAGAAGAUGUUGAAAUAACAUAUUUUAUCUAUUUCUGUGUUUGUAUCAACAAACUUGAAGUGGAUACAUUUUAUUGUUACAGAAAUAUUAGGGACCAUUUUGUCAAUGGAAAAAAGGCGGUGAAUAUGUUCAGAAAAACAAGAUGGCAACAACAAGAUGUCAAUGUCAGAAAAUAUUUACAAAUAGUGUUGAAAGGAAAAAUAAUCUCUCUGCAGCUGUUU